UGCAUUGCUCCUCUCCUAUAACGACUAGUAGCUAACUUGUCUGUUAUGUAGUCAUUGUGUUAUCACACUAAUGGGGAAAUGCACGAUAAAGGGACUCUUUAGUAUUCCAGCCAACGUAGCUAGCUAAACCCCGACGUCUAGUUUAGUCGAGACUCGUCCAAGCGAACACGGAAGUGUGUGUGAUUGUGGCUCUUGCUUCAGUGCUGUCUUCUUUUCCGAUGAACCCAUAGCAUCAGUGUCGUGAACAUCAGAGGUCCCUGGUUUGGCGUGAAAUUAGACGGUAUAAUGCCGUUCACGCAAAGAUCAAGGGUGACGAAUGUGAAGAGUGACAAGUGAAGGAACUCUAAUCCACCAUGGGGAACACACCUUCAAAAAGUGGCAGUGGAGAGGAGUUGGUCAAAACAACUUUGUUUGAAAAGGAACCAAGUGGGAUAACAUACAGAAUUCCUGCUCUCAUUUAUCUAAGGCAUAGUCACACCUUCCUUGCCUUUGCAGAGAAAAGAUCCUGCCCUUCUGACCAUGAUGCCAAAAUCCUUGUUAUGAGAAGAGGAGCGCUGCAAGAUGAUGGAUCUGUUCAGUGGUCCUCCAGUCAGGAGCUGUCAACAGCAUGUCUACCAAACCACCGCACCAUGAAUCCUUGCCCUGUGUAUGAGAAAAACAGCAAAACACUGUUUUUAUUUUUCAUUUGCAUCUGGGGAAACACCACAGAGUGUAGGCAAGUCAUCACAGGUAAGAACAAGGCACGUCUUUGCUGUGUUAGCAGCAGUGAUGAUGGGCAAACUUGGAGUCAAGCGAAAGACUUAACAGAAAGCGUGAUCGGUGAAACUGUCCAUAAGUGGGCCACAUUCGCUGUGGGGCCCGGCCACGGUGUUCAGCUGGAGAAUGGAAGGUUGAUCAUCCCAGCAUACGCCUAUUAUGUCCCGUACAGAUGCUUUUCCUUCCCCAUUCCUUUUACAGUCUACCCACGUGCACUGUCUAUUUAUAGCGAGGACUUUGGACAGACAUGGCGUAUAGGCAAGAUGCUUCGAAAAAAGUCAUGUGAAUGUGAGAUGGCAGAGAUCAUAGACCACGAGGGCAGGAGUCAUCUUUACUGCAAUGCUCGUCACACUGGAGGCCACAGAUGUGAGGCCCUGAGUGAAAACAGUGGCGUGUAUUUUGACAAGCCCCACAUGGCUCCAGAGCUUGUCGAGCCACCCUCAGGCUGUCAAGGCAGUGUCAUUGGCUUUCCUGCUCCAGAAUUUGUCCCAAAUGAUGAUGCCGAAAGCAAAGCUUGCGGCACUUCACUUCUGUCUCCAGACACACAAACCUGGCUCCUCUUCAUGCACCCAACCAAUAAGUCUAGUAGAAGGGACAUGGGCGUGUAUUUGAACCGAUCCCCUCUGCACUCGUCGGGUUGGGACAGGCCCAGGAUCAUCCACAACGGACCCAGUGGCUACUCAGACCUGGCCUACAAUGGGGACAAGGAUCAGUUUUCGUGCCUGAUAGAGUGCGGGAAAGAGAGUGAACUCGAGCAGAUUGCGUUCAUGUCGUUUACCCUUAAUGAUGUCAUGCAGACAGGGAGUAAGAAAUAGAAGAUGCGCUGAGUUGUGGUUGUUUUAUUUGUGUAUUAACAAAGCUCUCUGACAUUCUCCUGCAACCUAAAAAUCUGAGCAAAAGCCACUAAAUAUGCUGUGCAGUAACAUCUGUCUGUGUUUACUGUUGUUCUACAUUCUGGAGAUGAUAAUGCAUGAGUCGUGUGUUUUGUUGUCUCCUCGUUUACAUGAAAAUGUAAUUCAAGUCUUAAUAGUAUUAAUAUGCAACCAGCUGUACAAGGAAGGAAACUAUUUUUAAAAUGUAGGGUGGUUGAUUUUAAGCAUGCUGUGCUGGACUGUCAUUUUUAAAACAGGCUUUGUGUGUAGCAUGUUUGACGAGCACUUCAUAAGCAUUUCUGCAUCUUAUUAAAGUGUCAGUAUUUCUGAGCAGUGGAGAGAAUUUGCCUACCUCUUUUUAUUUUCAUAUGAAGAUCAUAGCAGGCCUUGUAAAGUAGAGCGUAGAGUUUCCUCCAUGCUCAGUCUCUCCUUUACAUUUAGUAUUCUCUGAUUCACAUAUGCCUUCUACUCUACUGUUAGAACUUAAGCCGUGCCACAGCCUGUCAGUGCACAACCUCCUCUGAAGGUCACAGCAGGUGACACAGCAAAACUGGACGGAGAAGAUCAUUUUUUACUUGCUACACCCAGCUAAUCAAUGAAGAGACCAAGAAAACUGUUCCUGAGUUUGUAAAACAGCUGAGGGAUUAAUAGAGAGGGAGAUACUAUAUUGUACACUGAUUUUUAUUACAUUCAUUUUCAAUAGCAAUAUUCCACUCGGCUACAUUCUUUACUUAUUUAUUUUUCUUUAGCAUUAUUUUCUGAACAAGCAUUUUUCCUAGCAUUACUAAUUAAGUGCAGUAUUAUGACGAGGUAUAAUUGGCCGGCUGUUGGUUAUCAAAUGAAAGCAUGUUACAGCAGAUCAAGAUUCACUAUUUAUAAAGCCACUAGGAAUUUGCACACACAAAACCUUAUACUAAGCGACUUUAACAUCCCUCUUUGCCUAAUGUUGUGAGGCGAAAUGCCUCAAGGUGAUUCUACACUAGUUUCAAUGUGUUUUUGUUGACUGUUGUGGAAAGUGAUGAAACCUGCAUGAAAUAUGUAUUUUAGUAGAAAAUAAAAGUAAUCUGUGAUCACCUGA